AUGUUCAAAAGAAAUUCUCGCUCUACUCUGCUUAGAUCGAAUCAUUUUUUACUGGGAUGGAUAUUAGAUACCAAAUAAGUGAACUGGACUGGAGUUUUGCGAAGAGAAUUUGGAUGAUCAUCACUGAAUUGAAGCAAGACGUUCAACGAGCGAUACCGUCUUGCUCAUACCUUUUUGUACCCCCUAUUCUAGAACGUCAUGCGUCCGCUGUACAGUAUAGCAGCGAUAGCCGGCAUACAAUAAUUCACACAAUUCUUGAAAAAGGAAUCGAAACCAGUCCGAUGGUCCGACUUCUAAUGGUGGCUUCGCUUAGCACUUCAUGUCCCUCGAACGAGGGCAGAUCCUUCGACUACAUUGGUUGGUGUCAUUAA